UCCUGUUUUUCGAACAAUCGGGCGCGAGGAUUCAAAAUCGUUCCAAGUCUUUAUGCAAAUGAACAUGAUACGGGGCAUCGAGAAUUAAUAUUUUUCCUUGAAAAUCGGAUAAAAAUGGGCAUUCGACGCGAUCGCGCGCAUUCGAAUUGUAACGAGAUCUUUGAUUUUUACCAACCGACCUCAGCAGCUCGUGUCAGGAUACUCAGGGUUUGAAGGAUGGCCUUUCCCUUGUCGCGGUUACCGUUGACGUUUCUGGCGCGAGACAGCUCGAAACUGUCACGGUUCGCGACGAUCGUACUCGCCGAGCGAUAUAAAGCAAGAAUCCGGGUGUUCCAUUCGCAUCAGCAUCAGGGUCGAAGGGUAAACGACAGCAAAUCGAGAGAGUUCUUAACCUGUACCGCGCUCAUCUCGGCGGUAGGUCUCGGCUAUGUUUUGUAUAAUUGGAAAGAUGAUAUAUGGCGGAGAAUUGAAAAUCUGGCCGUCCCUAAUUGUCCCGUCAUUCAUGCCGUUUCAUUGCCGCCGUCCAAUGGUAAUCAGAACAGGGAUAGGUACAAUUUUAUAGCGGACGUAGUGGAGAUAUCCGCGCCAUCCGUAGUUUAUAUUGAGAUCAAGGACAAUAGGAGGAUAGACUUCUUUACUGGGAAACCAGCUACCACCAGUAAUGGAUCAGGAUUUAUCGUUAGUCAAGAUGGUUUAAUAUUAACAAAUGCUCAUGUUGUAGUAAAUAAGCCCAAUACAACAGUGAAGGUGCGGCUUUAUGACGGUAGUACAUAUACUGGAGUAAUAGAAGAUGUUGACUUGCAAAGUGAUCUUGCUACUGUGCGAAUAAAAAAGACCAAUCUGCCUGUAAUGAAGCUUGGUUGCUCAGCCAAUAUCAGACCAGGAGAAUUUGUAGUGGCUAUUGGUUCUCCAUUAGCUCUUAGCAACACUAUAACAAGUGGAGUAGUAAGCAGUGUAAAUAGACAAAGUCAAGAACUUGGUUUGCAUAAUCCACAUAUGGGAUAUAUUCAGACAGAUGCAGCAAUUACUUUUGGAAAUUCAGGUGGACCGUUAGUGAAUUUAAAUGGGGAAGCAAUAGGGAUAAAUGCAAUGAAAGUGACAUCUGGAAUUUCAUUUGCCAUACCUAUAGACUAUGCAAAAGAAUUCUUGAAAAAAGUGGAAUUACGUAAGAAAGAUAAAGGUAAUGCAAAGUAUUUUUUUACUCCAUCACAAUGUAAUGUAAGGAAGAUAUCAGAGAUUAUUCUUGUAGGUGUAACAUUUCAAGAAGGACCUAGGAGAAGAUAUAUGGGCAUCACAAUGCAAACUCUAAUGCCAGACACCUUACUUGAGAUGCAACAAUAUAAUGAGUACAUGCAUGUUAGGCACGGAGUCCUUGUGUGGAAAGUAAUGCUUGGAUCUCCAGCUCAUAAUGCUGGAUUACAGCCUGGAGAUGUAGUGACUCAUGCUAAUGGCGACCCUGUGGUGGAUUCGACUAAUAUUUAUAAGGUUUUAGAACAACCAGGAUCGAUAAAAUUGCAAGUUAUAAGAAAAGGAAAAAUUUUAUAUAUAACCGUCGAACCCGAAGAUAUAUAGCUGAUUGAGCGCACUUUACAACUGGUGAACCGGUUCAUCAGUCACACCAAAUCGAGCCUCCAGUAUACACGCCUUUUGGUUGUACAAUCGUUUUAAUUUAAAUAUACACGAUAAAGGGCCACUUAGCGACUUAUGAAAUUUAUCAAGCGAAAGAGCAUUUAUUUAUCUGCUUUAUCUGGUAUUUUUCGAUCACUGCGAAGAGCGAUGUUACGUCGCGUGGAUAGUUUUGCGUCGAGUCCUUGCUGCGAUAUGUAUAUGUAUGCGAAUAUAACUCGUGCAUAGGUGCGUAAUGCGUGUGUGUUACAUGAGUGCGUAUGUACACGGGUGUGGCUCAUUCGUGGCUCGACUGCAUUAUGUUUGUUGUUUACGACGUAAAGCGACCUGCGCAAAUAUGUGACCGGAUCUCGCGGCAGACGAUGCGGUGAAGUUGCGUGGGUGGUGGUCCUUCACGUACGGGGCUUCCAUCAGCGGCGAUUUUUCCGCAGGAAGAGGGGGAUAGGGGAGAGAGGAUUUUACUGUCCGCGGACGCGUGCAUCUUGUUGGAAUUCUAAAGCAUCGUUCCGUCGAGAUAUAACUCCAAACGUUCGCGUCGAUCCGCCAGGAUCUAUAAAAGGAGGAGGAAGAAGUGAUGUUGGCGGCGGCUUGAUGAUUUCUCUUCGCUAUUCUCGCGCAUGCGAGAGAUAUCAUUGAUAUCCGAUGCUGCGUGCGAUAAACGAUAAAUUAUCAAUGGUAACUUUGCCGCAAUGGCAGGAUGGCAAGGUAGAAAUAUAAUAGUUGACAUUGAGAUGAUAAAAUGCUCGAUGAAUUUGGUCAUUAAGGUAUUCCUUGUCAAAACUUGAAAUAAUCUUUUAUUGAUAAAAUUAAC